AAUGAGACCAACCUUUGAUGAAAAGAAUCCAGACAACUUGAUCAAGCUGUUUCGUAUAAGGAGACAAGAAUCACGGAACUCGGAGGCGCUUAAUGGUUCCCAAAAUAUGGCAGAACAUCCUGAUUAUACCAGAGAUACUCAAUACGAGCCUGAAACUCCACUUCCAUACUCAAAAUACGCCUUUGAUGAGGAUCCUUCUCCAAAGUUUGGUCCUGGGGACAAUGUUAUGAAGCAAAAUAAUCUGUUAAGGGAAGAGCUUAUCAAGCUCAGGUGAAAUUUUGAGGCUGAGAAAUUCUCAAUGCAGUAUUAUUCCUCCAAAAUAGAGAAAGAGUUGCAGAAAAUAUUAUUUGAAAACCAUUAUCUACGACAAACUAUGAACAAAAUGAAUAAUGUCAUAAAAAGCUUAAGCAAGAUUAUUAAAAGGUCAUGUAAGAUGUACCUUUCCGAGAGGGAAAGCCCACCUGCGAAGGUGGAUUUUAACGAGUCCGAAUCUGAAUCUGACUUUAAUGACCCUCAAUUUCUACCUAUAGAGAACUUACAGGAUAAAAUUGAGCAGCUUUUACUAGAUUAUCGUGAGAAUAUCUCUUUAUUUUCAGAGACUAAUGCUCAUAAAGCUCCUAGUUUCAAAAACUCUGGGAUUAAUUUCGAGGGACUGCACUCUAGAAGCCACUCUGAAGGGAAGAAGAUGCUGUCGCUUCAUGACUCCAGGAGAUCUUUUAAGAAGAGUUCAAUGAUUAAGAAAACAAGCAUAUAUUCAGGCAGAUUUGGAAAACACAAGAAUUACUCAGAUGAUCAUGACGAUGACAAGGAAUAUCUUUCGAAUUUACAUGGACUUGAUUCUGCAGGAAAUUUAGACGAUAAGGAUGCAGAAGACCUUAUUUUUGAGAAUGAAAGAAUCCGAUGGAUCCCAAACGACGCCUAUGAAAAUUGACAGAUCUGCAAAACUGAGUUCACCGUUCUGUAUAGAAAACAUCACUGCAGAAGCUGAGGAAUCCUCGUCUGAGAUGCAUGCUCUCCUCAUAGAGAAUAUGUCGGAGGGUAUAGAGAUGAGCGGGUCCGGGUUUGUAAAACUUGUGUACCUCAAUUUGAAAAGAUCAACGAUAUCGAGACAAGAAGUUUUGUUAAUUAAGCAGUCUAAUAAAAUG